CACACAGAGCCUGUAGGAGCAGGGGACCGUCACUGAGAGCAGCUGAAGGACGGCUUUUGUCAGUGCGCAGCUUUGGAAAGUCGCAUAUCUUGGAGAGUAAAAAUAUCCACUUAAGUUAAAAUGACUUCUGUCAGUGGAAUUGUUGUUCUUUCGCUAGUGGAUAUCGCAUCAAACGGUGUCUUUUUUUGACCGACUUACCGGAGCGCUUAGAAUAAAGUUUCACAUGCUGCACUUUAUCUGGAAGCAGCAAAGCGCGCUACGGGAAUCAGAAAUGAAAGCAGGACCGACACUAUUAUGCGCAUUUUGUUUUAGGGAGUAUUUCAAAUGGCUUGACACACGACUCUUUUUUUGCUUUUGAUCCCCGGUUCAACAGAAAACAGCGCGCUCGGACGGACUUUGGUUACCAUUACGCGCGUUUUGCGUUCGUUUAUACAGGCGACUGAAGCUCCAAGCCAGGCACACUUGGGACUCCGGAGAGAGCACAGCGGGACAACAACAUGACCGGCUGCUGGCUUGCCCUGGUCGGAUUGUGGUGGAGCGCUUAUUACUGCACGUUGACGGUCGCGGGGAGUAACUAUUCACUGGAUGGAAACAACGAAAUGCACCCUGGGUUCAUCCACCGGCGGCUGCGGACGCACGAGAAGAGGGAAAUGCAGAAGGAGAUCCUGUCCAUCCUGGGGCUGCCGCACAGACCGAGACCGCAUCUGUCGCACGGAAAGUACAACUCCGCUCCACUUUUUAUGUUGGACUUAUACAACACUAUAUCUAGCGAAGAGAAAAGCCAAGUGGAAGGGAUGCUGGACCGCUAUCAGUCAAUGCGGACGACCCAGAGUCCGCCUCUGGCAACAUAUCAAGAAACUGCCUUUCUAAACGAUGCAGAUAUGGUGAUGAGCUUCGUUAAUUUAGUGGAGUACGACAGGGAGCUCUCUCCACAGCGGCGUCACCACAAGGAGUUUAAGUUCAACCUCUCACAGAUCCCAGAGGGCGAGGCUGUCACCGCAGCUGAGUUUCGCCUCUACAAGGAGUGUGUGAGCCGCGCCUUCCGCAAUGACACCUUCCUACUCAAAGUCUACCAGGUGGUCAAGGAGCAUCCUGACAGAGAGGCAGAUCUGUUCUUGCUGGAGUCUCGUCGGCUGUGGGCGUCUGAGGAGGGCUGGCUGGAGUUUGACAUCACUGCCACCAGCAACCUAUGGGUGAUGAGCCCAGUGCACAACCUGGGCCUGCAGGUCAGCGUGGAGACCAGCAGCGGCCAGAGCAUCAGCUCUAAGGAGGCAGGGCUCGUAGGACGUGACGGUGCACUGGAGAAGCAGCCCUUCAUGGUGGCAUUCUUCAAAGUCAGCGAGGUGCACAUCCGCUCCGCCCGCUCCACUGGUGGAAAACGUCAACGCCAGCAGAACCGCAACCGAUCCACACAGCCUCAGGACGGAUCCAGAGGGCCGGGCCCAGCAGAUUAUAACAGCAGCGAUCAGAAGACAGCAUGCCGAAGACAUGAGCUGUACGUCAGCUUCCGAGAGCUGGGCUGGCAGGACUGGAUCAUCGCUCCCGAAGGCUACGCGGCCAACUACUGUGACGGAGAGUGUUCCUUCCCCCUUAAUGCCCACAUGAAUGCCACCAACCACGCCAUUGUGCAGACGCUGGUGCACCUGAUGAACCCAGAGAACGUACCGAAGCCGCGCUGCGCCCCCACCAAGCUUCACGCCAUUUCAGUGCUCUACUUCGACGACAACUCCAACGUCAUCCUGAAGAAAUACAAGAACAUGGUGGUCCGAGCCUGCGGCUGCCACUGACAGCUGACAAUGACUGGUUCGUGAGGUCGACCUCAGGUAGACACUAGUUUCCUGCCCAAAUCCUCAACUUGCAAGGAACGUCCACCCUGAAAGAUCAUUUCCAGGUUCUUCUCCAACAGCUCAAAUUGUCCAUCCACCAACAUAUCUCAUCAGAAGGCAUCAAAGGGGACCAUUGCAAAAAUUAAACCAUAUGGGUGUCAUCCAAAGGCAACCUUAUUCCAGAGAUGAGCCACCUUUUCUAUUAGCUGUGGACUGGAGUCUUCCCUUCAUGGGUCUGCAACUGAUUGAAUGACUGUGUGUGUGUGUGUGUGUGCAGGGGAGGAGGGAGCGUUAAAGUUUGUAUAUUAUGUGUUUAUUGAAGUGUGUGUAUGAAUGCCUGAGAGGCUACUGCGCCUUCUCCCUCACUGAGAGGGUGAGGGCCGAACUGAACUGUUGUGGGAUCAGUCAGAGUGCUGCUUUCUUUCCUCUCCGACACACAAAAAAAACCAAAACACGGAGGAACAGUUCUCACAAGAGGCUCAAAUAAUUACUGAUGAACUUGUCUACAGAUAUGACCCUGUGGGGCUGACUCAGUCACCUGCGCAAAUCACAGAAAUUGUGUAUUAACGGUUUGAGUCAGACGGGAAAACACAAGCCCGGUUUUCUUUUCAGCACAAACGUUGUUAACCCAAACAAUCUAGUUCUAACUGAAUGAUACAUUGGAGUCAGUACAUUCAUAUUUCCUUCUUCUUUUCCUACUGUAUUUUCUUCUCAAGCCAUAUUUGCCUUCCCAAAAUAUAAUACGGAUUGAACCGAAGUGACCGCAGGCUAUUUUAGCAGUGCACUACUCCAAAUAUCCCCUCCGUGUCAAUAUUUGCCAGGCUCAGGCUGAGCUGCGAUUCACCAGGCUGGUUCAACAUGAUGCAUGUUGUGGCUAAACUGAUGUUUUUCUCCAAAGAACCGAAGAAUACAGCCUUAUCCCUCCGACAUACCACAAAUGGCCAUUUCCAUGUUGCUGCACUCGCAAAGUUAACAAACGCUUCCACCCCUGACAACCCAUCAAGAGAUCGUGGAAAAACAUUUAGCGAGUCAAAAACAGCCAGCAGCACGGUUUGUGUCAGCUUUCUGAAAUUAGCCCUUUGCUUUUUCAACCUCAAGGGUGAAAUUAUGCUGAGAUUUGUGUCCAGCGGCAACGUCUUCCCAGCUGAACAUGUUACUGUGAGCUUCGGAAUCUUUUAGAGAACAUAUUUAAUUGAAAAACUAAUACCAAUAAGAAUCAAAAGUACCUUAUGUGCCUAACCAAUCAUAAAUUACAAAAUAUACCUCUGGUAAGCUGCUGUUUACAUUUGUGAUCAUGUUUAGACUGUUUUUGUAAAUACUUGUACAUUCUCAGCUUAUUUAUUGCACCUUUUAUUAAAAAAAAAAAAAAAAAAAAAAAAAA